AUGCCUCAAGACUCCGCCACUGCUCUCAGCGUUUUAUUGCGUGGAGCCACAUUGGAUGACCACGACGAGGUUCUCAAAGCCGCAAAUGCGGCGCUCAGGGCCAACAAAACCGACGAGCUAGCCCAGCAUACGAGGGUUAUCGCCUUACUCAAAUUGGAUCGCUUCGCCGAGGCAUCUCGAGCAAUCUCUGAAGGUGGAAUCAAGCUGGAGGCGAUUUGUGUCCUUGAGAAGGCAUAUGCUCUAUACAAACUUGGAAAAUUGGACGAAGCCACGAAUAUCCUUUCUUCUGCUGGUAUCCAAAAACGAAGCCUCAGUCAUGUUGCAGCUCAAGUAGCAUACCGCGCCGAGAGGUUCGACGAGGCAGAGUCUAUUUAUAAUCGUCUGCUUGCCUCGGAUUUAGAUGAGGAGGGCAAUGAUCUCGGCAUCAAUAUUCAAGCCACUCAAGCCCAGGCCGAGUGGAAAGGCGUGUCUUUGUCCUGCGCUCCAGAGCCAGAAAAGGCCCCAGAGACCUUUGAACUUUGUUACAAUGCUGCAUGUGCCAGUAUUGCUAAAGGGUCGUUUAAUAUGGCCUCCAAGCUUUUGCAUCGUGCCCUGACUCUGUGUGAUGCCUCUGAUGAGCUGACGGAAGAGGACAAGGAAGAGGAGCGCAAGCCUAUCUUGGCCCAACAGGCAUUUGUUUUGGCCAAGGUGGGAGAUAUUAAUCGUGCUAAGGAGAUGCUUCAUACUAUGGACAUUACAACAGGCACUGACCCUGAUUUCCAUUUAGUCACCCAAAACAACCACUGGGCCUUGGAAAAGAAGCCGCAUAAUCCAUUUUUGGUCCAGCGUCAGUUUGCGGCUUGGGUGUCAAGAAAUGGCACGCCAAACCUCUUCCACUUUCAGUCUGGUAUUCUCCGCCGGAAUGCUUCUGUCGUUGAUUUACAUGCACACAAGGUCAAUGGUGUCAAAGAGAGAGUGAAGAAGCUUAUGGGACAGGCCCAGAUGCCAUCUUUUAAUCCUGCCGUGAACAGCUUGUCCGUUAUUGGAGUAGCCGCUGAGACGCAAGGUUUGUCAGAAAAGGACAUCCUGCCGUCUCUGACUAGCCUGUACAAGGCAAGGCCCAAUGACACAGGACUGAUCCUGACCUUAGUGCAGCUUCAUGUGCAAAGAAAGAACAUUGGAGCUGCCCUCCACACCCUGGGAUCCUUUUUCUCUCGCCUAGAAGACGCUGGAGAUGAGCAGUCUCAACGAGUUCGAUUCAGCCCUGGAUUGGUGGCACUAGCGGUAUCCCUUAAGCGUAUCCAGAAGCGGGAGACAUCAGCCAAGUAUGAGCUUGUGAAAGCUGCAGAGUUUUGGCGCAAUCGUUCCACCACCCAGGUCGCUUCGCUCCUGAAAGAGGCUGGCAUUGCGCUUGCGUCCUCAUCCAACGCCAACGAGCUGGAUCUGGCAGCUGCUUCCUUUACAAAGCUUGUCAAUGAAAAUCAAUUGUCGCCUAUCAUAUCUGCUGGGUUGGUUGCUGCUCUGGCAGCUGCUGACACUGCCGUAGUUGAAGAACACAUCGCUAAGCUUCCGUCUGUGGACAGCCUUGUCAGCGGCGUUGACGUGCACAGCUUACUGGAAUCCGGCGUAGCCUCAGUUGCGGAUGCCACAUCUGUCGGUAGAAAGAGGCAGCCUCCCACCGAGCUCAGUGGUGAGCGUGCAAAUCAAAAACGAAGGAGGACGAGGUUGCCGAAGAGCUUCGUCGAGGGCCAAAUGCCUGAUCCUGAACGAUGGCUCCCGUUACGAGAUAGGUCAUCCUAUCGGCCAAAAGGCAAGAAGGGACGGAAGAAGGCCGCCGAGUCCACACAAGGGGGCAUGGUAAAGGAGGAGGAAACUCUGGGCUUGGUAGGAGGUGGCGGUGUUAAAGUAGAGAAGGCUGCGGCGUCAAACGCAUCAAAGAAGAAGAAGAAGAGCAAGAAAUAG